AUGACCACCUGCCCGAGCUACAAGGUCGUGCUGGUAGGCGACAGCCGCACGGGCAAGACCUCGCUGCUGAAGCAAUGCGUCGAGCACCAGUUCUCGACUGAAGUGCUGCCAACAGCUGGAUUGGACUUUCAGUGGAAGAAGGUCUUCAGCGGGCACGAAUGGGUCAAGCUUAAGCUGUGGGACACUGCGGGCGAAGAUCGCUUUCGAAGCCUCAUGCCCGCUUACCUGCAAGAUGCAGCUGCAGCGAUCGUCGUGUAUGAUGUGACAUGUUGGCGAUCCUGGUGCGCAGCGAGGGACUGGGUGAAUUUGGUGCACCACGAGCUGGGCAAGGAAACCUUGCUGGCAAUGGUUGGCAACAAGGCAGACCUGGAGGGCCGCGAGGUGCCGCAGGACGCCGCGCGCGAGGAGUCCCUGACCUUGGGGGCGCUCUUCCUGGAGACCAGCGCCAAAACAGGCGACAACGUGGACGUGCUCUUCCAGGAGCUGGCCACGCAACUGCCGAACCGCCCCCGAAGUGCCCGGCAAGCUGCCAAGCCAGAGCUCCAAGAAGAGGAAGCCAGGCCGUCGAGAAAGCGAUGCUGCCUGUUCCCUCAGCUGUGA